AGAAUUCAAUGAAUUUGAAGGAAACUAUUCAUUGAUAUAACUUCCGUCUGUCAGGUAAAGUCAGGACAUUUUUUGGACCUUUGUUUAUUGAGAACGGUUUCAGAGAAAUAUUUAAUUUUUAUAAGGAUGGAAGUAGAAAUAGAGAAGCCUAUUCAUGAAAAAAUUAUUGCUGUCCAGAAUCAGUUGAGAAUUGCUAUUCAAAAUCAUCAUAUGCUGGUCCUCCGCAAGAAGAAUUUCCCUUUGGACAAUGAACUAAAUACGCAUCUCAAUGUCAUUCAAUUUCUGAUCAUCAACAUGGGCCGAGCUCAGGCCGAGCUGAUGACUCGAUUUCGUCAGGAAAUUGCUGCAAAGUACGAUGUAAAACCCAAUAGCCCAGUUGUAUCUACAGUUAUGAAAAAAUUUUUACUUUUCCCUGAAGCUCCCAAAAACAUACCGGUUUAUAAACCUGUUAUAAAGACUAACAAUGAUGAAAAAAAAAUUAGUUCAUGGAGGCCAAAAGCAAUGAAAUCAUUACUGAGAGUUAAUAACAAUGAUAAUUCCGAAAAUAAUAAAUUUAUUAGUAUUGGUAACCAGAAAGUAAAUGCAUCUGACGUCACAGUAGAUGGUUCAAAAAUCAAAAUUGUUUACAAAGGAAAAAAAGAAAGUUCAAAUUCUUUACUUGUUCAGCAACCUAAAAAACUUCAAUCAGUGCUCAAAUCAAAAAAUGUAAAAGCCAAUAGUAAUGAUAAAAAUGAAUCUGUUGAAGAAGGACGUAAUUCUCCAGAGUCUUGUUCCAGCAGUUCAGGAAGUGAUUUAAAAUCUAAAAUUUCUUCACGAAGUAAUAGUCCUGUUGAAGAUAAUGAUGUUAUUGAAUCACCCACUAGGAGAAUGGAUACUCGCUAUGGGAGGAAAUACGAAGCAAAAAUGCUUGGGAAAACAAAAAUUAAAAUACUAUGUGAUAAUCAAAAUAAUUCUGUUAAAAAAAAUGUGGAAGUUGCAAAAGAUUCAAGUGGACAAGAAUGGAAACACACUUUACCAGUUACUAGAGCUAAAUCCAUUAAUCAAGAACCUGUUACGAUUGAUGAACUGGACAAAGAAAUUUUUCUUGGAUUCUUUGGUUUGGUUAGCAAAGAAAAGUGUGAAGUCCUUAAAAGGAAACGAUGUGAAAGAAAAAGGAGGAGUGUUGCUGGACAAAGUAGUCUUUAUUCCGAUUAUUUUCAACCUCAGCCAAAACGAACUUAUACUCCUCGUAAACCUCCUGUUCCUGUGGCUAAUAGCAAUGCUGUUAUUGUUGAAUCGCCUCCUGUAGAUGAUGAUGAGGAUGAAAAACCAACAAAAACUAAUUCUUGUAUCAUCUGUCAUGAAGAAGGAAUCUUGGAAGUAUGUAACUCUUGCAGUGAAAUGUACCAUUACAAGUGUAUACCUGCUUCAAAUAAAGGCUAUUGUCCUAAUUGCAUGGCCCAAACUACUAACAUCCCUAGUAUUGUUGGGGCUAAUAAUUCUGCUGGGAACGCUUCAAGUUUGGAACUCAUUAAGCGAUACUCUAAUGAUGAGCAAUCAUCAGGGUAGAAAAGGCGUAUAAAUGUAUGGCAUGAUAAACUAAAAGAGGUUGGCCACCCCUAAUCUAGAGUAAUCAUUUGCUUAGUAAAUAUAGCUGAAAAUUUUGUUUAUAAUAAAGGCUUUAACAUUAAAAAAAAAAAA